AUGUCGCUGGACGUCAUGGAGAGCAGCACGCUUUCCGAAGAUCAGAUUGAUCAGUUGUUGCAGGAAGCAGAAGCCAGACUUCGAUCGAAGACCGGAACGAGUGUGGCAACUCACUCUCAAGACGAGCUCACUCUCUCCCUCAACGAAGACAAGCCCGAGUUCGCGAAGCGCCAGCCCAUCCCAAGCCUACAACAUGGGCUUGACAAGACCUCCUACAUCCAGGACCACGGAGGUGUUGCUCAGAUUAGGCCCGAGCUCUUAGCUUCGACAGAUCAACAGAAAUUGGCAGAUCAGCUGCGGCCCGUCGAUAUCAAGGGCAAGUCCAAGAAAGAGGAUGGCCCCGUCGAUGCUGGCAAAGAGUGGUUCAAUAUGCCUCUAACCACUGUGACGCCAGCUCUCAAACGCGACCUCCAGCUCAUUCAAAUGCGCUCUGUGCUUGAUCCCCACCGACACUACAAGAAAAUGAACUCAAAGAAGCCCAAGAUUCCACAGUUCUCGCAGACCGGUACCAUUGUUGAAGGCCCUACCGAGUUCUACUCCUCCCGCAUCAACAAGAAGGACCGCGCAAAGAACUUUGUCGAGGAGGCUAUGGCCACAGAGCGGGACUCUGGUCGUUUCAAGAGGAAGUAUGCGGAGAUCCAAGCGGUCAAGACAAGUGGGAAGAAAGCUCACUACAAGAAGCUGAUGGCAAAACGGAAGAAGAGCUGA